CUGUGUUAGUACUGGCAAUCUAAUGUUGAGCAAAUGCAGACAUCAUCCCUGCUCGGAUGGAGUUUCCAGUGUAGAAUAAAUUUGAGUUAUUUCUAGAUGUUCCCCCAAACUAAAGUUACUGUUUGGUUAGUGGUAUAUGGAAUACUUGUGAACUCUUACUUGGGUUACUAGAUGAUGCUUUCCCUAUCCUAGUAAUUUUGUGACCUAGUAAAAUGCCACGGCUUUUGUUGUAGCUCCCAAAGCACACAUAUUAAAAUUUCUUGUCUUUCAGUCAAAAUUUGGUAAACUUUCUAAGUUUGCUUAGUUAUCUCCAUAUGUCCUGUUACAACAUUGUACUUUUAAAGAAAGCAAGAGCCAUAUAAUAAAACUACUGCUUCAAUUAUGUUCUGCAAAGAUUUCAUCCUUCCAUUAUCUGAAUUGUUGGGAUUUUUCUUUUUUGUUUUAGAUAUCAGCUUCUCUGCACAGACUUGUUAGCUAUCUCUGUAAGAAGGAAGAAUCAUGGAAUUUUCUGUAAGGCCAAUAAAACAUUUGGAAGCUUCACGCUUAUUUGAUAGGGAUGCGUAACACACAUUUUUAAGCUUUGGUGUUGAUAAUUAUUAAAGUGAAAAGAACUCUCAGUAUUUCUAGCCCUUUGUCUAAUCUGAAGGCAAGUUCACUUCUAGGCAAUACAUACAAAGAUGUGGGUAGUUAAAUCCAAAUAAAAAUGUUUGAGAUGGCCCUAAGCAUUCCAUGACUGAUUACAGAAUCAACUUACAUAUUUUUGUUUUCAGCCAUUACUAAAGUGGGAUAUUUACAAUUACAUGUUUACAAUGAAAUAUAUUUGUGGGGGCAACCAAAUUUGUUUUCUACGCUAUUUAAAAUGUACAAAUCUAUAGCAUAUCUUUUGUCAAAAACCAAUCGUAGGUAUACACCUAGAUAAUGAAAGUAACAUUUCUCUUUUGCAUUAAUUUUGUAUUUCUGAUUCAUUUAUAGAAAUUUAUUCUAAAGAAAUAAAUUAUUAGGUCAAAGGGUAUUAAUAUUUUAAAGCUCUUGAAGCAUAGAUUUGUGUGGCCUUCUGGAAAAAUUAUGCCGUGACCACUAAAAGUAUGUGAAAACAUCCCAUUUCAUCAAAUGAUCUUUGCCAGUAAAUGACAUUUAAUUGUCUCAAUUUGCAUUUUUAUUCAUUACUGAUAUGGUUUAAUUUUAAUCACAUCUAUUGGGCGUUUGUUGUUUUACUUUUUUGUGUGUUUGUGAAUCAUGUUCAUGUCAAAAGUUGCUUUUCAAUUUUUCAGAGGCAUCAAAUAAUGUCAUCUGAAAUGUUGCCAGCAGUUAUUGAGACUUCUAAUGCUGAAAGAAAGCAAGACUUAAGUGAUCAAGAGGAGAGCCGGAAGCCAAGAUUAGGGGAAGGGUUGGAACCAGUAUCUAAACGACAAAUGAAGAAGCUAAUCAAACAGAAGCAGUGGGAAGAGCAACGAGAACUCCGAAAACAAAAGCGGAAGGAAAAACGCAAGAGAAAGCAAUUAGAGCGGCAAGGUCAACUGGAAUCAAACUUAGAUGGAAAUGACAGAAAACGUAUUCGAAGAGGUGUUGUUCACAGUACGCUCCGCCUUAUCAUUGACUGCAGUUUUGACAGCCUGAUGGUAUUAAAGGACAUUAAGAAGCUUCAUAAGCAGAUUCAGCGCUGUUAUGCAGAAAAUCGACGAGCACUGCAUCCUGUGCAGUUUUACUUGACAAGCCAUGGAGGCCAGUUGAAAAAGAACAUGGAUGAAAAUGACAAAGGAUGGGUCAACUGGAAGGAUAUCCACAUCAAACCAGAUCAUUAUAGUGAAUUCAUAAAGAAAGAAGACCUGAUUUAUCUUACAUCAGACUCACCUAAUGUACUGAAGGAAUUAGAUGAAUCAAAGGCCUAUGUGAUUGGAGGAUUGGUAGAUCACAACCAUCACAAGGGACUCACCUAUAAGGAAGCAUCAAAUCAUGGAAUUGAUCAUGCACAGCUUCCCCUUGGAAAUUUUGUGAAGAUGAAUAGUAGAAAAGUUUUGGCAGUUAAUCAUGUGUUUGAAAUUAUUCUGGAAUACCUGGAAACAAGAGACUGGCAAGAAGCAUUUUUUACUAUCUUACCCCAACGGAAAGGAGCUGUUCCCACAGACAAAGCCUGUGAAAGUUCUUCAUGUAACAAGAAAUCCGCCAGAGUUGAAGGUGGAUUGGACAGUGAUUCCAGUGAGGAGGAAGAUAGCAGAAAUGAACUAGAUUCACCACGUGAGGAAAAAAAACAGGAUGAAGAAAACAGCACUGAAUCUGUAGUCAGCUCUGUACCACACUAAUGUCAUCUGGGGUUUUUUUUUUUUUUUUCUUUCAAUUUAGGGAAAAAUUAGGAGAAAAUGAGGUGCUUCAUAGAAUAUUCGAAUUGGAAGAAAAUUUCAUUUUCUCUUAUUUCUGCUGUGAAUUUUUAAAACUUUUUUUU